AUGCCCCCUGUCAGGUUCGGCCCCGGACAAAUCCUCGAAUACAACGAACAAUAUGGGGUUCUCAUCUGCCACGAGUGCCAGUAUGCCAUCCAGAAGAGCGCCCUGCAGAGCCACCUGCUGCGACACAAGAUCUAUCGCGCGGAUAGACAGCAGCUGCUAUCGUUUAUCUCUGAACUGAAUAUAUUGGAACCGGAUCAGGUGGUUCUUCCUACACCGGAAUCACCGCCCAUUGAUGGCCUCCCUGUUAUCUCGGGCUACCGCUGUACCGCCGCGGGUUGUGUCAACCUUUGUGCGAGUAUCAAGCGCAUGAAAGGGCAUUGGAGAGAAAGUCAUGGUAUCAUUGAUUCCUCGCUUGCUCGGCCGGUCAAAUUGCAGACUUUCUUUCGGGGCACGAAGAUAUCGUAUUUCGAGGUUACUCCUGUUGAUGAAGAGGACUACGAUGCUGGGAGUGACAAUGACGACCACGAUGCUGAUAUGGAAGACCUUGGUCAGGCCUACGAACCUUCGCCAGACAGCAGUGUGCCUUCUCGAAUGCCUCUGGACUUGGAGAUACUCUCGUACUUUCACCAUUUCACAUCCACAACAAGCCUUACACUACCUAGCCCUCAAAGUACGCUCUCUGCAGCGCAAUACUGGCAAACCCGAGUUGUUCCCCAAGCACUCUCCGAGCAUUUCUUAAUGUGCGGUUUAUUGGCACUAUCUGCCUGCCAUCUGGCUGCAUUCACGGACAAUCCAGAGGCCGAACAACGCCAUCGCACGCGAGCAUCUGAGUUCUCUGCUGAAUUCCUCACUGGCCGGGAAGCCAUCGCCACAGAGGACAUCAAACAGACGGUAACGCAUAUUGAAUGCCUGCUACGCUGUGCACACUGGGCCCUUGCCGAAUCACCUUCCGAUAAACGUAUCAUGCCAGAACCAGGCGUGCCUGAUCAACUACAGAGUAUCAUAACAACCAUCCAGACAUCCAUCUCCCCAUCCGCACAAGAUCCCCCAGAAGAAACACCCGCGUAUGCGCUUCGAAUCUUAUCAUGGAACCCCUCUGACCCAGGUGGCUUUUCACCGGGCACCAACACACCCACUGAAAUAUGUGACCGUCUCCGCGCCCUCCCCUCCCACAUGGCCGACACAUUCGGCAGACCCGAGAACCCGCAGGACGUGCUAGUCCUUCUAUCAGCCGUAGCAUCACUAGUAGAAUGCUGCGAGAUGAGCUUUUCAUCGGACGAGCCCGGAUCAGCGUGGGUGGGGAUGGCGACGUGGCUGACCAGAUUGCCGGCCCGGUUUAAAGAGCUAGUUGCGCGUCACGAUCCGGCGGUCUUGGUAGUUGUUGCGCAUUGGGCAGCACUGCUGGUGAAUCGGGCUGAGGGUUGUGGCUGUUGGUGUGUUAGGGGGUUGGCUAUGACAGUUUUGCUGCGGAUUGCUGAGAGACUUCCUGCUGAUGAUGAUGGGGGGGUUCAGCGGCUUGUUGCGCUUACUGUUGCGGCAUAG